UGAAAUCAUUUUAGACAUAUGAUAUAAUUAUACUUAUACUUAAAAUACAAUUGUAUGGCACAUGCAUGAAACCGAUAUCAAAGAUGUCUGUCAAAUCGGCCACCCCGUGCGCCCAUCACCUUCGACAGAUCUCCGUUUGGAGAUUGCAAGCGGCAAUUCAGCUUAAAAUUGCAGGAUCCUCAUCCCUGAUCAUCCCUGUAUUCCUACUGCAGCCUUCCAAAACACGCAGUUUGGGGCUUGCAAGACACAUCAACACACCAAAAUACACCUCACUGGGCGCAUGUUGAGCCGCGGCAAAAUGUCUGAGUCCUUUGGAUUCAGCCUCGCAGCACGAAGGGUUGACCUGGCGGAGCCUGGAUACAAAUUUGACCAUGACUCCCUGGAGCUGGUUGGAGAUAAAUAUGGCCACAACUGGGAGGCGGUGGAGGUGGGGCUGGGGGUGGAGAGGGAGGUGCCUGCACGCACACAUGCUGAACUGCAUGAACGGCAUGAAGUGCAUGAUGUUGGACGGCCGCAUGCUGACAUGGUGCAGCUAAAUAGGCUUGGCCGACACACAUCUGCACUGGUACCACGGCAGGCUUUGGCAUCUCAACUGCUGCGACGUGGGUCGGCACAACCACCAUUGCCUCUGCUUUGCAGGUCCAGAAGGCCAAAACAGCGGCGACGAUGAUGGCCAAAACGAGGACAACCCCGACAACGAUCAGCGUGACAGUACAGGCUGGACAAAUCUCCAUGUUAGUGGCUUGCUAAAGGAGAGAUUGCCGGAGACAGCCUGAGCGAACUAAACUUCUUUCCAACCUGUGUUUGCU